AUGCAAUUUCGUACAAGUCAAUACCAAGUUCUCAUAUUUGUUCUUCUUCUUGUAGAUGUGGGGGCUACACGUCAAGUUAUUCGUGCUGCUCCUGGAAUAGAGACAACAGGUCAGUAUAUGAUAAAAUAUCUUGACAAUGUGGAGUUUGUCGAAGAAGAGACAUUUGUUAAAGCAUCACUUUCAUGGGCAUUGGAUCGUAUUGAUCAAGUCAGUCCAAUAUUAGAUGGUAUAUUUGAACCUGGAAGAAAUGGAAAAGGUGUUGACAUUUAUAUUAGAUACAGGCUAACUGUUUUGACAGUGUUUCGUGUAAUUACUUGUAUCGACUCAACACCAUUGAGUAUUAUUGUAGAUGGAUUAAAUUUUGCUGCAACAAAUAUCACCAAUGAAUCCUCGUCGUCCACUAUCAUCUCAAUGUCAUUAGGUGGUCCAUUUAACCAUUUACUCAACAAUAUGUCAAACAAUAUUGUUAAUAUGGGAAUACCAAUUGUUGUAGCUGCUGGUAAUGAAAGAGGUGAUGCCUGUUAUUAUAGUCCUGCAAGUGCAUCAGAAGUUAUUACUGUUGCUGGCUCUGCUCAAGGAGAUGAUGUUUACUACUACACAAAUGGUGGCUCUUGUGUUGACAUAUUUGCUCCAGCCAUAAUGUAA